AAACUCGUUUUUAACUCUCCAUCUCUAAAAAGACCAUCAACGCUCUUCUCUUUAUUGCAGCAGAAACAGAACCCAGUUCAAUAAAGCUUUUUGGUAAGAAAAUUUGAAAGGAAAAGAUAUUUGAAAACUCGUAGAGAGAAAGUGGCACAGAAUCUGAAAUUCUGACACUUUUUACCACGAAUAAUGAUUCUCUUUUGAAAAACAUGACUCAAUGUUUUCUUUAUCUUUUUCUCUGAAUUAAGGUUUGUUUGUACUUAAAGUAUGCUCCUUUAUCUACCGUUGACUGAUUCUACUCUUUUAUUCUCAACUUUUCUCUGAUUUGCUCGUGUGUUUACUUCAAUUCCUCAGUUCUUGUGUAGAAAGUUGAGUUUCAUGUGAUCAAAAUUGGGGCUUUACUACUUUUAAGAGAAUGAGUGACAAAGACGAGUUUGCCGCAAAGAAGAAGGAUUUGGUCAAUACGCCAGUGGAUUUGUAUCCUCCGGAGAAUCCAAUGUUGGGUCCUUCUCCGAUGAUGGAUUCAUUCAGAGAAACUCUUUGGCAUGAUGGUGGUUUCAAUGUCCACACAGAUGCAGACACUUCCUUUAGAGGAUUCAUUGAGCGUGCUGCAAAGUUUUCUUUUUUUGGAUGUGGUGAAAUGAUGAUGAACCAACAACAAUCAUCUCUUGGAGUUCCAGAUUCAACUGGCUUGUUUCUUCAAGAUACACAGAUUCCUAGUGGAUCCAAACUAGAUAAUGGUCCUCUUACUGAUGCAUCUAAGUUAGUGAAAGAGAGAUCGAUUAAUAAUGUAUCAGAGGAUUCUCAAUCUAGUGGAGGUAAUGGUCAUGAUGAUGCUAAGUGUGGGCAAACAUCUUCCAAGGGGUUUAGUAGUAAGAAGAGGAAAAGAAUUGGGAAGGAUUGUGAAGAAGAAGAAGAUAAAAAGCAAAAGGAUGAGCAAAGUCCAACUUCAAAUGCGAACAAGACAAACAGUGAGAAGCAACCUUCUGAUUCUUUAAAGGAUGGGUAUAUUCACAUGAGGGCACGAAGAGGCCAGGCUACUAAUAGUCACAGUCUUGCUGAAAGAGUAAGAAGAGAAAAAAUCAGUGAAAGGAUGAAGUUCUUGCAAGAUCUUGUGCCAGGUUGCGACAAGGUGACUGGUAAGGCAGUUAUGCUCGAUGAAAUCAUUAACUAUGUGCAAUCACUUCAAUGCCAAAUCGAGUUUUUAUCGAUGAAACUUUCGGCUGUGAAUCCUGUGCUCGAUUUUAACCUCGAAAGCCUCCUUGCAAAAGAUGCUCUUCAAUCAUCUGCACCGACAUUUCCCCACAACAUGUCGAUGCUUUAUCCUCCUGUAUCGUAUCUCUCUCAAACAGGAUUCAUGCAACCGAACAUUUCCUCAAUGUCGCUAUUGAGUGGAGGAUUAAAACGGCAGGAAACACAUGGAUAUGAAAGUGAUCACCACAAUCUUGUCCACAUGAACCAUGAAACCGGCACUGCACCUGAUCAUGAAGAUACAACAGGUGAAAGUAAAAGCCCUAUAAGUUUCAUACUUUUGUAACCAGAUACUUGAAACUCGCUAAAGCUUUUCAUGUUUAUCUGAUCUUACAGCUGACAUGAAGGUGGAGCCGUAGAUGUUUCUUCUUCACUUUGUACUCAGCUUUAGCUGCUGAUAUAGUGCGCCGCGGUCGAGAAUUUUAUUAACUUCGAACAGAAGAGUGAAAACGAAACAGAGGAGGAAGCAGAUUUUGUCUUUGAAAUAUUGACAGCUCCCGGAGAAAGAGUCGAGAGUAAGAAUCAACAAUGUUGUGUAAUGAAUAGCUACUGUCUGCUUCUUUUGUAGCUAUUGUCUGCUUCUUUUUUGUACAUAUAAAUCCAUGCAAGGGAAGAGGAAUGUUAAUUCAACACAUGUGCACAACAUGAUCAUCACAUAUGUACUUCAACUUGAUCAAUCGGAAUUAGCUCUACUUGGCA